AGAUCUUGAGACAAUCUUCCUUCUGCUCAAUCGUUCGUCGUGAAGACGGCAUCGACGACGACGACGAUGAGCAGUAAAGUUGAAGAAGAUCAACAUCAAGAACUUCUCACAGAAGAUCAACUUGUGGCAAGAUGUGUUGAAUGCUUUGAUGUCGACGAGGAGGAUGAGGUUGAAGAUAUUGAAUUUGUUGACGCCUUGUUUUUAAGUCAUCAAUGGUUGAGUGAUAGUUUAUCACUUAUUACACAUUUCGUGAACUUCUAUCAGGAAACUCGAAACGUCGAACAAAGAGAAGCAGUAUGUCGAGCGGUAUCAUUUUGGAUCGAAAAGUUUCCAAUGCAUUUCGAUGCGCAACCUCAAGUCUGUGCACAAGUUGUUCGAUUGAAAACGAUAGCAGAAGAUAUAAAUGAAAAUAUUCGAAAUGGUCUAGAUGUCAGUGCAUUACCGUCAUUUGCGUGGCUUCGAGCAGUUUCAGUUAGAAAUCCAUUGGCUAAACAGACUGCCUUCUCUCUUUCAUUUGUCCAAGCAUCCCCUAGCGAUAUUUCGACGUCACUUUCUCAUAUCGACUAUCGCGUUUUGUCCAGAAUUUCGAUAACUGAGCUCAAGCAAUAUGUGAAAGAUGGACAUCUAAGAUCAUGUCCAAUGUUGGAAAGAAGUAUUUCAGUAUUUAAUAAUCUUUCCAAUUGGGUACAGUGCAUGAUCCUUAACAAGACAACACCAAAAGAACGAGCAGAGAUCCUUGUGAAGUUUGUUCAUGUAGCAAAGCAUCUACGAAAGAUCAAUAAUUUUAACACUUUGAUGUCCGUUGUUGGUGGAAUAACUCAUUCAUCAGUGGCUCGACUUGCCAAAACAUAUGCAGUUCUGUCAAACGAUAUCAAAAAAGAACUGACUCAGUUGACAAAUCUUUUAUCUGCUCAACACAAUUUCUGCGAGUAUCGAAAAGCAUUAGGAGCGUGUAACAAAAAGUUCCGGAUACCUAUAAUCGGUGUACAUCUCAAAGACCUAGUCGCAAUCAAUUGUUCGGGUGCAAAUUUUGAGAAAACAAAAUGCAUCAGUAGUGAUAAAUUGGUGAAACUUUCCAAACUGCUUUCAAAUUUUCUGGUUUUCAAUCAAAAAGGACAUAAUCUUCCCGAAAUGAAUAUGGAUUUGAUAAACACAUUGAAAGUGUCUUUGGACAUUCGGUACAACGAUGAUGAUAUUUACGAGCUGUCGUUGAGACGGGAACCAAAAACUUUUAUGAAUUUCGAACCAUCUCGUGGACUCGUAUUCGCUGAGUGGGCCUCUGGAGUUACAGUUGCACCUGAUAAUGCAACAGUUUCAAAACAUAUCAGUGCAAUGGUGGACGCAGUAUUCAAACACUAUGAUCAUGAUAGAGAUGGAUUCAUUUCUCAAGAAGAAUUUCAGUUGAUUGCUGGAAAUUUCCCUUUUAUUGACGCAUUUGUGAACAUAGAUGUUGAUAUGGAUGGACAGAUAUCAAAAGAUGAAUUGAAGACCUAUUUUAUGGCUGCAAACAAGAAUACAAAAGAUUUACGAAGAGGAUUCAAGCACAAUUUCCAUGAAACUACAUUCUUAACUCCAACGACUUGCAAUCAUUGCAACAAAUUGUUGUGGGGGAUUUUGAGACAAGGCUUCAAGUGCAAAGAUUGUGGAUUAGCAGUUCAUAGUUGCUGUAAAUCAAAUGCUGUAGCCGAAUGCAGAAGAAAAAGUAGCAGCAAUUUAACAAGGGCUGCCGAGUGGUUCGCUUCACCACGUGGCAGUAUGAGAAGUAGGAUAAUAAAUACAUGCAAAUCGUCUCGGCCUCGUACUGUAUCUGCAGUUGUCACAUCUCCAACAACAGAGAAGCCGACAUGUUCUACGAAACUCAGUCCUCCAAAACUGAAAGAUAUUCGACCACAAUCGGAAAGUACUGAAUAUUAUAAUUCCGGAAGUACACCAGAUGAAGAAAUUGGUCUUGUAAGCCUUGCUUGUGAAGAAGUCUUCGAAGAUGAUGAUCUAGCAGAUAUUUCAUCUGCGUCAUACCGUACCGCCUGAUUUGUCUCCAUCUAUCUCUUUCUCUGCACUCUCUUUAUUUUUAGCAAGAAUAUAUUACACAAACACUGAAUUCUGGGAAUGCGUGUUGCGCAACAUAUUUGACGCGCAAAAUAUCCCGUAGCGAAAACUACAGUAACACUUUAAAUGAAUACCGUAGCGCUAGUGUCGAUUUACGGAAACAUUUUAUUAAUCGAUUAAAUAUUAAAAGAAACACAAAAAUGACAAAACAAUACGAAAAACUGAAUAUCACUGUCGCAAUUCGAACAUAAGUGAAAAUCGAUCCCGUAAAUCGACACCAGCACUACAGUAGUCAUUUAAAAAGUUACUGUAGUUUUCGGUCAGAUAUUUUGCGCGUCAAAUAUGUUGCGCAAUACGCCUUCUCAGGAUUUAGUGUUCUCGUAAUAUGAGAGUACAAUAUUAAGUUUAUUCUUCUCAUCUAUUUUUCUUCAAAUUAAUGCAUACGAGUAUUUUUUCCUGCAAAAUGCGAUUCAUUUUUUAACCAUAUCACUCAAUUUCUCAAAUUUAUUUGUUUUUUCUUUCAGUACAUUCCCUCACAAUUCGAGCUUGCUUUUUCCUAUCCCACUUGUUUGAUCUCUACGCUAAAUAUUUCCACGUGUAAAGUAUUUUUCACCAGUCUUCCACACACUUUCCUCUUUUUUCGAAUGAAUUUUUGCUGAACAUCAUUUAAA